GUGCUCCGUGCAGCCCUGGCGCCCUCCAAGCCUGCAGCUUAGCUCCGCCCCUGCCUGCCAGCAGCGCCUCACCGUUGGCUGCGCCGCACGCCCGUCCCGGACACUCCCCCCUGCACGUGGCUCUAGGGGACCCAGGCCCUUGAAUGAGCCUUCCCCAGUGGGGGACCCUCCGCCUGGGUUGCUCUGCCUGCCUUUAACUACCCUACUUCGGUCCUGCUUACACUCGCUCUGCUUUGUCGUGCCCCGCUGUCACCUCUAAGCUGCCCUUCACUCCAGCGUGGGCAGGAAAGUUCUUUACAGGCUCUGCUUGUCCGACUUCCAACCUUACGGAGCUGGUCACCUGGCGCCUCCUGCAGCAGCUGCGGCUUCCAUACCCUGGCGCCCGAGCCCGGGGCCAUGUGGCUGAGUUUGCUCGGCCCCAGCGCAGCCUCGUGCCCGCCCACCAACUUCCAGUGCAGGAGUGAUGGCCGCUGUGUGCCCCUCACCUGGCGCUGCGACGUUGACCAGGACUGCCUCGAUGGCAGUGACGAGGAGGAGUGCAGUAUUGAGCCGUGUGCCCAGGACGGGCAGUGCACGCCACCCACUGGCAGCCCCUGCUCUUGUGACAGCAUCGAUGACUGCCCUGAUGGCAUCAACAAGAAUGUUCUCAACUGCGGGCACCAGCCCUGCCCGGAGGGGGAGCUGCGCUGCCCGCUGGGCGGUUCCUGUAUCCCACGCACGUGGCUCUGCGAUGGCCACCCGGACUGUUCCGACUCCAGCGAUGAGCUUGGCUGUGGAACCAAGACCCUCCAAGAAGGGCGUGCCACGUCCAUGGGGACCCCUGUGACCCUGGAGAGUGUCACUUAUCUCAGGAAUGCCACAGUCACCUCUGUCGGGGACCGGGACUCAGUUCAGUCUGGAAACCGAAGUGCCUACGGGAUCAUUGCAGCCGCUGUGGUGCUAAGUGUAGGUCUGGCCGCCGCCAUCCUCUUCGUGUUGUCACGGCUCUGUGCCCAGGGAUGCCUGUCCCCGCUGGGGCUGCUGGUGUCUGUGAAGGGGUCUCUGCAGUCAGAGAGGACGGCCUCAGUUCUCUGAGGGUGAUUUCUUGCUGCCACAUCACAUGGUCCCGAGUGUGGCAGGUAUGGGGACUCGCGCGGAGCUGCUGGCACACCAGCCCCCAGACCUGGGUUCUUCUGGCCACGCGGCGCCAAGUACCUGAGCUUCUGCAGAUGUGACCCUGGAGGCUGGGAGUGCCCAGACCCUCCCCUGGACUCGAGGAGCCUGGAUGGGGAACGUGCCACAGCCAGAACCGAGGGGCUGGCCCUAGGUCAUUCCCGGGGUGGCCCACCUGCUCAGAUACUACUGUUGCCCCCUCCUGAGGGUGGUGAUUAAAGUUACUUCACGUCCUC